GGCAACCCAGUCAAACCCACAAGUCUUGACCCAAUUGAGUUUUCCACGGUCAAACAUUUCUUCACCUUCCUAGAAGCACCUUCCAAGACUUUUUUCUGGUGAUUUCAAGCUUUGCCAUAAAAUCAUGCACCAAUUCCCUCCUAUAUCAUCACUAUUCACUUCUGUCUCCUCUCCUUAUAUCAUGCCACACACCACUUUCUGUUUUUCCAAUACAAACUAAAAACCUACCAUCCUUUUCUUCCCUCAAGAACAUAUCUUUCACUCACCUUCUUUCCAACAAUUCUAACAGACAUCAAUACUAUACUAACAUGACCAUGGGUGAUUAUAAUAGUAACUGGGGAACUUCUGAGUAUAAUCAUCAUCAACUUGGACUUGAUGUUCCAAAAUUCAAGUCUGUUCAACCUCCUUCUCUACCUCUCUCUUCCUCUCCACCCUCCCCUUCUUCUUACUUGCCCUUUUCAUCUGCUUUCAGCCCAUCCGAGUUCUUCAACUCUUCUUUGUUUUUGCCUUCUCCAAAUAUUUUUGCAUCUCCUACUACUGAGGCUUUGGCUGCGCAGACCUUCAACUGGAGGAGCGGUUCAGGAGAAGAACAGCAACAGCGUGACAAAGAGGAUGAGAAAAACUACUCGGACUUCUCUUUCCAAACCCAAAUUCAAUCUUCCUCAGGCAUGCUUCAAGUGCAGGAACCUCUUAAGAAGCAAGAUAUAUGGAAAUUCAAUGAACCUUCAAAGCAAACUGAUUAUUCAUCUGAGAGGACAGCAACAAAAUCUGAAUACCCUUCGAUUCAGAGCUUUUCUGCAGAAAUGACAUCGGACAAGUCAGAAUUACAAAGCAAUUCAGUUCCUGGGUCUGGUCGUUUUGAUUACGCCAAUGCAUCUCAGUCUGUUAGAGAACAAAAGAGAUCGGAAGACGGAUUCAACUGGAGAAAAUAUGGACAGAAACAAGUGAAAGGGAGUGAAAAUCCUCGUAGUUAUUACAAGUGCACACAUCCAAAUUGUUCAGUGAAGAAGAAAGUUGAGAAGUCUUUGGAUGGCCAAAUUACUGAAAUAGUGUACAAGGGCCAUCAUAACCACCCAAAACCACAGUCUACUAGAAGAACAAGCUCUCAAUCAAUUCAUCAACCUUCUUCAUCUUGCACAAACUCUGGGAUUUCUGAUCAAUCAGUUGUGACCCUAGGCAAUCCACAAAUGGAUCGUUUCUCCAUGCAGGAAGAUUCUUCAGCUUCUGUAGGAGAGGAGGAGUUUGAACAAACAUCCCAAACCAGUUAUUCUGGGGGAGAUGAAGAUAACCUUGGACCGGAGGCAAAAAGAUGGAAAGGAGAUAAUGAAAAUGAUGACUAUUCCGCCUCAGGGAGUAGAACUGUGAGAGAGCCUAGAGUUGUAGUUCAAACCACAAGCGAAAUUGAUAUACUUGAUGAUGGCUUUAGGUGGAGGAAAUAUGGACAGAAAGUAGUGAAAGGAAACCCAAAUGCAAGGAGCUAUUACAAAUGCACAGCCCCUGGUUGUUCAGUGAGAAAACAUGUUGAGAGAGCUGCACAUGAUAUCAAAGCUGUAAUCACAACCUAUGAAGGGAAACACAACCAUGAUGUUCCUGCUGCACGUGGUAGCGCAAGUUAUAACAUGAACAGAAAUUCUCUGAACAACAACAUAUCGGCUCCUAUAAGACCCUCUGCAGUGAACUGUUAUUCUAACUCAUCAGGUUUCAAAAAUUCUCUCUACAAUAAUACCAAACUUCCAGCAACCAGAAAUCAAGAAUCUUUUAACCCUGGAAAUUUUGGCCAAUCGGCUCUCAACAAAUCAAUGGGUUCAUACACCGAUCAUGCACCGUACUCACAUGCUACAUACUCAAAUGCCAAGGAUGAGAAAAAGGAUGACUCCUUCCUUCAGUCAUUUCUGUCAAAGGACUUCUGAAUUUGGCUCUACUUAUUAAUAUUAUCCUGGAUAUGUUAUGGUAUAGCAUGUAGGAUUUUAGUUACUCAUUGCAGCAGAAUAUGGACAAAGAAUUCCCAAUGUUUUCUUGGUUACCUCAUUUAGAUUAGUGAGUGGAACUACAGCCAUAGUGACAGCAAAUUGUUGCUAUACUACCUGUCUGCUAAGUUCAUCUCCCAAUAGACACUUUGAUCUUUAUCAUAGGAUUUGACGGAUGAAUUCUAUUAUUCUUUUGUUGUAUUUUAGGGGAAAAGGUUUUCUUGGAAGAAUCUUCUGUAAUUAAUCUUGUAAGAAUGCUUGUGCUGGAAAUUUCCACUA